UGCAUUUCGUAUCCAUUGCUCAUACCAUGCUCUAACCAUAUCAUACCAUGCCGUACUAGCUCGUGAACGCUGGGUGGUUAGAUACACUUGUCGUCCAUACGAUACAACAUUGCUGGAAAAAAAAUCCCAAAAAGAUAACUGUUUUCACUUUUCAUAUUAUUGGAUCAAAUAUUGAAAACGAGAAAAAGGGGGAGGAAAACCAACGGCUGAGAUCACUCCCACUUGACCUCCUCUCAUUGGCUGCACCAUCAAAUCACAGUUCCCAACACUCUAAUCCGAUUGGCCCACGUUGCGCGAUCCGCGUGGUCUCAAAUUUCUCGAUUGAACCAAAUAAAAUAAUUAAUAAUACCCAAAGGAGAUAAUCUGCAAAAAAACGAAAAUAAAAUUAGGAAAAUGGAGAUUACCAAAUUGGGAGGGACGGAGGAGCUUUAAAAGGACGACGACUCCGAUUGCCAACUUCCACUUGUCGCCUUCUCCUUCCUCCCGCCGGAGAUCAGAGCUCUGCUGAACCAGAAACGACACCUCUCUCUCUCUCUCUAACCUUUCUCUCCCGUCUCAAUUCCGAUUUCCACGCCACCAAAAUAUCCCAAUUAAUUUCCCCCGUAUUUAUUAAUAAGGUAAGCAGUGUUUUUUUUCUACCUUUUCCCUUUGGUUUUUCCCUCCUUUUCGCUCCAGUUUACCUCCUUCGUCCUCUCUGUAUUUAAGAUUUUAUUUUAGGAAAUGGAUUAUUGAGUGAUUUACAUCUUCUUUUAUUAGAUUUUUAAUAGGAAUAAUUACGAUUCUGGGUUUUUUUUUUGUUUUUGGUCUGGGAUGGUGGUCUUGCCUGCUGCUUCUCGAUUGGGGUUGAUUUUCCCGAUUUCUGGGGGGAGAUUUGGAGCUUAGGGUUUGAUCCGAGUCGAAACUUUUCGUUUCCCCUUUUAGGGUUGUGAAAAAGUUUCCGACUUUUUUCUGUUUUGGAUUGGUGAAUAUUGGAAUCCAGUUGGGGUAAAUGGGUCUGGAGACGGAUUCUGGCAUGAAUUCUCAGAUGUUGGCCGGUUAUUUUGAGCGGGUGUUUGAGAUUUUGGGAGUUUUCUGUGCUACCGGGAAAUGGGUUGGUGUUGGAUAAGUUCAUCUUGAUUCUGCUCUUCUUCCCUCUUUCUAUCGGAUCUGAGACAUAAGGAAGGUUUAGCAUAGAAAAAGGUCGUUACUUGAGUCUCUCUGAUCUAAUUUGUGCUCUCUGUUUUCGACCGUAUGCUUGGACGAGGUCCAAACAACAAGACAAACAAUGGCCUUUGAUCUACUGCUGAAACAGGGUUCCUGGGUAGUGGUAGGACUAGAUAUUUUCCCUCCCUCCCUCCUUGCUUUCUGAUUUGUCUUUCUUUUAUCUUUUUUUCUUCUCUCUACGGUGAUACUUGCAAGUUGAGGAUUGCUUGUGUAUCUUACUAUCUUGUGAGAUGUGAAGGAUUUCUAGAAAAGCUUGGAUUUUGAUUCAUCUUGUUGUGGAUUGUGAGUUCAAUCAGUAGUUCACAUCUGUCAAGCUUUUCAGUUUAGGGACUUUUCAAAGGUUCAAUUUCAUAGUUUCAGUUUGGUUUACUAAAAUAUUGUAUGGAUUGUUGACGCCUUGAUUUGCCAUAUGUUUGAUUGUAGUUAUUGCAAUUUGAAGGGACACUAGCUAAAAAGGACGGGGUGAUUCCAUUCUACGCACUUCAUUGGACAAACUUGAAGGCCUUUUCGGGAAAUGGGAUCGCAUUUCAACUUCAGUAACUUCGGUAACACCUCAUUUGGUGACGGUACAGGAGCCAAGCCACCGCCGGUUGUCAGCUCUCCGUUGGUCCGUCAGUCUUCAGUAUAUUCUCUCACCUUCGAUGAGCUUCAGAACACCUGGGGUGGAAGCUUAGGGAAAGAUUUCGGCUCAAUGAACAUGGACGAGUUGCUCAAGAACAUAUGCUCGGCUGAAGAACCUGGCAUGCAAGCUGGUGCUUCAGGUGGGAAUCUUCAGAGACAAGGUUCCUUGACUUUGCCUAGGACACUAAGCCAGAAAACUGUGGAUGAAGUUUGGAAAGAUUUCAUUAAAGAGAAUACAAUAGCUGCCAAGGACGUGGCUCCACCUGAUCCACCUCAGAGGCAACGAACACUAGGAGAGAUGACACUGGAGGAGUUCCUGUCGAGAGCAGGUGUAGUUAGAGAGGAUAACAACAAGCAAAUGGGAAGGCAGAAUAACAAUGUGGGAUUCUUUGGUGAACUAGGUCAACUGAAUAAUAACAACAGCAGCAGUUUGGCACUUGGAUUCCAACAACAACCAAAUCAAGCCUCGAGCUUGGGGAUGAAUGUUGGAGGAAUCAGACCCACCCAGCAUCAUCAGCAGCAGCCACCUCAGCAGUUGCAUCAUCAAUCUAGGAGUCAGCACCAGCAGCCAGCUCAGCAGUUGCAUCAUCAACCUAGGAGUCAGCACCAGCAGCCAGCCCCGCUCUUUCCCAAGCCAGCUACAGUGGCAUUUGCAUCUCCUAUGCACAUGGUGAAUGGUGGUGCGCAGCUGCCGAGUCAAGGGGUGAGGAGCUCUGGUGUUGUUGGCUUGGGAGAUUUGUCGACGGGUAUAAGCAAUAGCAAUUUAGGUCGUGUGGGUGGUUUAGGAACGGGAGGUGUUACAGUUGCAACAGCUUCUCCUGCUAGCCAGAUGUCACCUGAUGUGCUUUCGAGGAGUGAUGCCGAUACUUCAUCUGUAUCGCCAGUUCCGUAUGUGUUUACUCGGGGCAGAAAACCUAAUUCGGCUUUGGAGAAGGUUGUUGAGAGAAGGCAGAGAAGGAUGAUUAAGAAUAGGGAGUCUGCUGCACGAUCUCGAGCUCGUAAGCAGGCAUAUACGCUGGAACUGGAAGCUGAGGUGGCGAAACUCAAGGAGUUGAAUGAAGAGCUGGAAAUAAAACAGGCUGAAAUAAUGCAGAUGCAGAAGAAUCAGUUCUUGGAGAAAAUGAAUCAUCCAUGGGGAGGGAAAAGGCUGUGCUUGAGGAGAACACUGACAGGGCCUUGGUAGGAUCAGCACAUUUUCGAAGAAGUACUACCUUUGAGAGAAGUUUCGACCUUUGGGCAUAUGCUUAUAUGAAUACUUACUGAAACUAUAUAGGGUAGAUAGCUAUCGUCGUUUGUAGAUAGCAAAUGAUGUGAGUUUUGCCCUGUAAAUUAUAUACAUUGGCGCUUAUGCUGUCCUCGUGGAGUUUAGGAACAGUGAAUUCAUAUUAUUAACUAGAAAACAAUGCAAAGCUACGGCCACUGUUGUCUGUAUAUUCUUUGUUCUGGACUUGUAGAGUAGAUGU